AUGGUCUUCAUCCUAGGUGUCAAUUUCCCCGAGCGGAACCUGCUCAAGAAAUCCCUCGAAAACUUCUUCGGCAUAGGCAGCAACACCUCCUCUCGCCUCCUCGCCCGCUUCCACAUCCACCCAACCUGCCGCGUCAGCGAGCUAGCCAACAAGCAAGUCCUGGACCUGACCGCCGCGCUGUCGGACAUGAAGAUCGAGAAUGACCUGCGCCGAGAAGUCCUGAACGAUAUCAAGCGCUUGAAGGAGACGGGCACGUACCGUGGUCGGAGACAUGCGUUGGGCUUGCCCGUGCGAGGCCAGAGGACGCGCACUCAAGUGAGUUUUUGUUGGAUGCUUUGCUCUGGGUUGGAGGGAUCAAAUCAAGCUGACCAUGUCGAAUUGCAGAUUAAAACGCCGGUUAAGUUGAACCGCAUGGAGCGUAAGCUCUAG